GAAGAUGGAGAGGAAUAUGAGGAGGAAUAUGAGGAAGAAGAAGAGGAAGAAGAAGCUGAAUAUGCAGAGGAAUAUGAGGAAGAAACAUAUACCACAAAUGCCAAAAUUGUAACUUGGGAUACCUAUGAAGCUGAUAUGCGGGAACUUAAGAAAGUAUUAGAAUAUCUCAUUACGGUAGUAAAACAAGAUAGCAGAGCUAGCAUGGCUAAAAAUCCAUCUAAUGGAUGCACUUCUUUGAAAGAGCAACAGCCCACUGAAAAUACCUCUGAUAAUCAACCUGCUAUUGAAAAUGUUAGUGAACCUAUGGUAUUUAAUAUCCUCCGAAAACCAGCUAGUGAUGUGGUAACUAUAAAAUGCCGAAUCAAUAAAUUAAGCAUCCCUAGUGCUGUCCUUGAUAGCGGUGCAAAUUGCUCUAUAAUGUCCUUAAAUAUUGCUAAAAAAUUGGGGCUUGAUAUAGAUACAAAUAGACCUACUUCUCUUGAAGGAGUUGCUACUGAAUCAGAAACAAUUGGGUGGGUAUACAAUGUUCCUGUAAGCAUUGGAUUCUUUACAUUAGUAACCAAUUUUAUUGUUGUCGAUGAUAAUAAACCUGCACUACUUCUUGGUACCCCUUGGCUUGAUAAAGCACAGGCAAUGAUAGAUUUCCAGAGUCGAUUACUUUAUAUAAGAAACUCUAAUGAUUUGCUCUUCAAUGUCCCUAUAUCGGUACACAAGUCUAAAGAUAAAAAAAAUUUACCUUGA